AUGGUACACCUUGUGGCUGUACCAGAGACAAUCACGGCAAGUGGCUGUGCUUGUGUCUUUAUUGACACCAUCUUCCGACUUCAUGGGUUGCCCCGUGAACUCGUAUCAGACAGAGAUCCACGAUUCACUGCUGAUUUCUGGCGUUCCGUGUUCAAAUCACUCGGAACGCGCUUGAAGAUGUCAACAUCUGAUCAUCCAGAGUCAGAUGGUCAGACGGAACGUGCCAAUCGUGUCCUUGAAGAGAUACUUCGAGGAUACGUACACUCCUUUAAGAGUUGGAGUGAGUUUUUGCCGAUGGUAGAGUUUGCCAUCAACAACUCGGUGCAUGCGUCCACGACACAUACACCGUUUUACGUGAAUGGCUUGCGCCAUCCGCGUGUACCCACCUUACUAGAGUGUAACUCUGGUUUAAGGGGGGAGGGACUCGCGCGAGCAAAAACCGAUUUGGUUCACGCUCAUCACGCUCUGACGAAGAAGUCAUUGCGUUUGAUGCCGAUAUCGAUAACAUCGAUAUCGAAGAAGAUGAUGCCAGUGAGAGUGCGGGAAGCCCUCACUGAAGACAAUGAUCCCAGUGAGAGUGCGGAAGCCCUCACUGAAGAAAAGGUUGUUGUUGCUGCAGUGCGCUCACAGCACACUGAAGCUAACGAGUCAUCAGAUGAGUUCAUACUGGCUCGUGAAACGGUAGUCCGUUUUGUGCAAGACUCCAUCGCCGAAGCGGUGGAUAAGCAAAAAGCAAAACGCUGA